AUGCCACUCAAGUACACUCCAAAGCUGUGCACAGUUCCCAAGGUCGACCAGAUAACCACUCCAAACAAAAACAUACAGAGCUUCUUCAUGAGGAGCGAUGCCUCCUAUUAUGCAGAUGAGAAACACAGGAUGGCGAACUAUAGGGCUGACGAGCCCAUCAUUCAUGUUGUGAUCUGGAACAACAAGCUUAUCGUAGAGUCUGAGUCCGUUGACCUUGGGGACUUCUUCUACCUGACUGGAAUGAACACAGAAAGGUUUAAGAGCCUCGAAGAAUGUGUUGGAUGGCUAGGCAACCUGAUUUCUGAUGUGCUAAGGAAACUAGAGAUAAGGCCUAGAGGCUCGUUUGUUUCCCUUAUAUUCCAGGAUCUUCUGAACAGGACGGAGGUGCUGGCUCUGUGCAACCUCUUCAUCAAUGUCUUAUCUUUCAAAGGGAUUCUAAUAACGCCACGGAGUCUGUCUCAGGCGAUUGGGACUCUUUCGCCCAACUGUGUUGUUGUGAAUCUCUAUGCAAAUUAUACCACGGUAUGUCUUGUGGAAGACUUCUGGAUGCUAGAUGGAAUUUGCGUGUCGCGGGAAUGCAACAAAGGAUUUGAGCUUGUUGACUCUGUAGAUUUUGUCGAUGAGUUCAAUAGGAUCAAGGUGUUUGAAGAGAAGAACGUAUUCUCCUGCGACAAGUGUGACUACAAGGAUGAGACUGAGGCAAGGAUGGAGGCGCACUUUCUAUCAUUGCACCAGGAUUGCGGGUGCCACCCUGAGGUUGGCAAAGACGAGCAUUUCAGGAUGCAUCUAAGGGCCUACAGCGAGGAGGAAGGAGACAUUCAUGAGCUCAUAGCCAAGAGGAUGAACUACGUCCUUAGUAAGGAGAAGGCAAAGAAGAUAGGGGGCAAGGUGAUUGUGUUUAAUCAUGGCGGGGUAGGACUAUCUGAAGAAUGCCUAAGUAAGGCUUUUGAGGAGUAUGGGAUUAGUCCUGAGGUUUCUAUGUAUGAAGAACCCAACGAGAGCAUGAUUACGAAUGUGAUGGCUGCGUUUUCUGGGCUCGAGUGUGUCAAGGAGAUAUGGAUGACAGAUAAGGAAUGGAACAAUGCAGGGCUCCGGGUAUUGAAGGAGAAAGUUCUUUUUAUUAUAUAG